AUGGUGAAUUUGAAACGCCAUAUUCAGGUGGUCGGUUGCCACUGCGCAGGUGAAGCUUGCGAUGUCAUUACCGGAGGUGUAAUGAAUCCGGCAGGAUGCAACACCAUGUACGAUAAGCUGGUCCACUUUCGGGAUAAGCAAGAUGAUAUUCGUCAACUUCUCAUGCAGGAGCCUCGAGGGCGCUCGGCUAUGUGCUUGAAUCUCAUCCUGCCACCUGCGAAUCCCGCAGCUGAUGCUGGAUUUUUGAUUAUGGAAAGUGAUGAAUAUCCACCCAUGUCAGGGGGCAAUACGAUCGCUACAUCUACAGUUCUUCUGGAGACAGGAAUGGUGAAUAUGUUAGAGCCUGUUACAAACUUGACAUUAGAUACACCAGCUGGGCUGGUAACCGUUAAUGCAGACUGCGAGAACGGGAAAGUCAAGGCUGUUUCCUUCAAUAAUGUACCGGCGUUUGUGUUCAAGCUGGAUUUUCCGAUAAAAGUCCCUGGAUUUCCAGAGCUGGGAACUAUUACACUCGAUAUUGCCUGGGGUGGCAUGAUCUACGCCGUUGUUGAUGCCACAAAGAUUGGCAUCAAGAUCAACCACAAAAAUGGUCCAAGGCUGAUUCAGAUCGCUGAGGCAAUCAAGAGCGCGCUUAAAAACCCCGACUACGUUCCAAUUCACCCAGAAAAUCCCAGUAUCAAGGGGGUGAGCAUUCUUGAGUUCACAGAACCUAUGGAUAGAGGGAAAAUGGAAGCCAUCAAUACCGUUGUGGUAUCUCCCGGUCGAUUUGAUCGAUGCCCAUGUGGCACAGGCAGUUGUGCAAGAAUGGCUAUUCUUCAUGCCCGCGGCGAGCUUGCUGUGGGUGAGCGUUUCGUGCACCGCAGUAUCAUUGGUAGCACCUUCGAAUGUCACAUCCGUAGCACGACAACGGUUGGAGAGUAUGAGGCCAUCGAACCUACUGUAAAGGGAAGUGCUUGGAUCAACUCUUUUAAGCAAUAUGUCUUGGAUGCAACUGAUCCUUGGCCCACUGGUUUCCGAGUUGGCGAUCAAUGGUUCGUGGCAGAAGAGGAAAAUUGUUAG